UUAAAAAAAAAACUCGGAUUAGCUAAGUCCGCUGGAACUUGGAAGCUGAGCGACAGGCGCAAUCAAGGCGGCAAUGGCAGCGAAACCCUCUACUACUCUUCCUCAGCCUCACACACUCUCUUACUCGACGGCCCCGAAACUUCCACGGGAAGUUGACCCUCUUCACGCUUCUAAGACUCUAGCUGCCCUUCAAAUUUGGGGAAUUAACGAAUCCCUUCCUCAAACUUCCCAUGCCAAUGGCUUCUUUUCUGCAUUCAUUCGCAAUUUCCUUAACGUCGAACGAGUCCAACGGGGUCGAAUCAUUUGCACAGUUUCCGUCGAACCUCCUAUCUCUAAUUAUUUUGAAACACUACAUGGAGGGGGUCUUGCAUCUGUGGUCGAAUUGAUAUCUAUAGCUUGUGCUAGAACUGUUGUAGCUGAGGAUAAGCACAUUUUUCUCGGGGAACUGAGCAUGUCUUACCUCUCUGGUGCUCCAGUCAAUGUGGAAGAUGAUGACGGAUGUCAGGCAGAGGUGAUAGCUGAUGCUUCUGUGGUGAAGAGUGGACGAAAUUUGACAGUAGUUGUACUUGAGUUUAAGUUCAAGAAAACUGAGAAGCUAAUCUAUAAAGCCCGCGCUACCUUCUAUAGCUACCCAGUUGCCAAGUUAUGAACCAUUAGUUUUCUGGUAUGAUGUAACAUACCUGAGAUGGCAAUGUUUUAUGUAAUAGUUCCCCAUACAAGAUUUUUAUAUUUAAUUACGAGUUUACAAAUCUUGUAUGCUUAGAGUUUCUGGUGCUAUUGAUGAUUGUAUCAGAGCUAGAAUGCCAUGACAUUCUAUGUUUAUGCCAUUGCAAACCAAAUAAUUACUGGAAUGGAGAAAGACAAGGAUUGUAUCA